CCGCCGCCCGCGGCGCCAGGUGGCCGAGCAGGUGGAGGGGGGCGAGCCGCCGCCAGCAGUGCCUGCCCGCGGCGAGCCGGCGGCGACGAAGAUCUAGGUGUGAUCGGGAGGGCCGUCGAGCCGGCGACGACGGCGAAAGCUCUCUUCCUGUCGCGCCGGGUCUCCUCCUCCUCCUCCUCCGUGCAUAUUUGGGGCAGAUCCUCCUCUUCCUCGCUCCAGCUGGACAGCGCUGGCCAAGUGUUUAGCAGAAUUCGUGCCUCGCUCCAGCUGGACCCCACGGGGGUGCUGGACACGCCGGCCGGCGGGAGGCGGAGGAGGAGCGGCUGCAAGGUCCGUGGAGUAAUUAGCUGUAUCGGUCCCUUGUUGUUCUGCCAGACAGUUUAGCUGAAGGCAGUGUUGCUGAAGCGUUUUGCUGCUCAGGGCGUCUGCUCAGGGCGUCUGUCCUGCGCAGGCUGUCGGCCCUUCGAAGGAUAGCCAGCGGAUUCACGGGCAUAUAUUUGGUGCGCCCGUAUUUGCACAUAUGGUGGGCCAGAGGCCGCCGCAGCGUACCGGGUCCUGCGACCCAUGCUUGAAUUCACAUGUCUGUUGCAGGGGUGACCGUCAGACGAGGGCCCGCACGCCUGUUUUCAGGCAGUCGUGGUGGUGAUGCGUUUCGGUCUUCCUAUCCCCACUCUUCCAGACGAGGCGAAGGGACCUCGGUCUGUCGGUUCAGCUUUGGGCUGCGUGCCCGUGCCACAGUAUAUUGGUCAGCGUUGCAAUCGGCACCGGCAAGCGCGUGGCCGUGGGGAGUGCCGCGCUGACGCGUGGGGCGCAUGGCCGCAUCUUACUCCGACUUCUAUUCUCGCUGUUAGGCCCAGGGCUCUCAAGUGCCGACGCGGGCGCGCGCGGCACCAACUUUUGAUAGGAGAGCCUGAGCCUCGAGCCCGAUCCCAGGGAGUGCCGCGGUUAUCCAGCUGCGUCAGCAAUUCGCGGGCUCUGUAGAACACGCGGUUGAUCAGGCCGCUCUUCCAGAAUGCCUGGGUAGGUACGGAAGGCAAACAAGUUGCACAGGACUGCGUGGUCUGGGCGGACAGCUCGGACCGGCGCUGGGGUUUCCCCCUGGAGGGGGCUCCGGCACCGAGGGUUUAUGCUUGUGUAGUUUGUUCGGCCUUCCAGGUAGGGACCUACUUCAGCUACAAGGCGGUAGCGUCGUAGUUGCUCGCUCGCUUCCGAAUAUUUCGGCAGCGGUAUCCUUUUUCUCUCCUGCCGUUUCAAGUCUCCCCAGAUCUGCUGCACAUUGUGGGAAAGGGGGCCAGAUCUGGGCGGUGUCGCAGCUUGCGCUUGGCUGCGCGACGCAGGUGGCUUGUCGUCGGCGGGA